AUGGCUAACUUUUACACCCAGAUUGACCACGAAUACGGCACCGAAGCAAAACAUUCACUAAAGAUGUUCGCCAACCUGAACCGAAAAAUGGGAAAUAUGACAACUAGGAAAGACUUCCUAAUAAGAUGCCGACAAACAGGUAUGUUUCCCCCACACAUCACAGACGUUUUUCGAUGUGUCUUUGCGCUGUUUGAAGACAACAGCCCCUACCUGAACGAGCUCGACAGGCAGGUCAACCGGUUCAAGAGAGCGAUAUUGAAUUUGGAAAUCAAACAUACGUUCUAUAAAAUGAAACAGAUCGCCAACAGCAUAACAGAUACACGCAGUAACAUAAAACGGUUCAUCCCAGAUUAUGAAAGCGACCGUUUCUUCGCCAAACAGAACGCUUUCCAACAAAUUCAUCAGCAAAAACGCGCGGCCCAAACUGACCGUAAAUAUCGAAAGAUUACGGACAGAUCGAUAAAAUCCCUUGAGCAGAAAAUGCCAUCACAUAACCUCCGGGCGUUUCACAACAGCACCAUGAUAGAGGUGCCCCAACCUGUUCAACUCUUACUCAGUCUGGGAUCCAAGUUCGCUCUACCGCCCCCAAUCACAACACCAAAAACAUUUUAUCAUCUAAUAGCAGAUAUUGAAGGAAUAAUCGAAACGACAGAAGAUGAAGAUGUCAAGAUCCGCAACCGUAGCGCAGCGGCUAACAAAAUAAUUAACCACAUCCACACGCAGAAAAAUAGAACACGAUGCAGUCCUUCAGAUAAGUUCUACAAAAACGCUAUUAUUGCCACAAAACAAUUCCUAAAAUCUGAUCCGAGCAUCAUCGUACUCGAAGCCGACAAAGGUAACGUAACAGUAAUGAUGAAACGCGAAGAUUACGAUGCAAAGAUGGAAGCACUAAUCGGGGACCAAAGCACAUAUUCAAGCCUAGCUCGCGAUCCUACAAACGGUUUUCAAACUAAGAACAACGAGUUCGCAAAAAGGUUAGCAGAUUUAAAAUUAAUCAACAGGGCAACAGAAUUAAAGCUAAAAACGUACAAAGCAACCGCCCCUUGCAUCUACGGGACACCCAAGGCACACAAAGUAGGCUUGCCAUUAAGACCAGUAGUACCAUGCAUGACGUCACCAUCUUAUGAAUUGUCCAAAUAUAUAGGACGAAUACUCCAAGCAUCGAUCAACAGCAAAUACAACGUCAAAGAUUCGUUUGAGUUCUGCGAUUUCAUCAACAAUGUUGUACUCCCACCGGAUCACAUCCUCGUUUCUUUCGAUGUUGUUUCGCUUUUCACCUGUAUCCCCCGAGACCUAGUUCUCCGCAACAUCAUCUACAACUGGGACGCGAUAAAGAAGAACACGAACAUAAAUUUGGAUAUGUUCCUCGAAAUCGUUAACUUCUGCAUGAGCUGCAGUUACUUCAGAUUUAAAAAUAAAUUCUACCAGCAAACAUACGGAACGGCGAUGGGCAAUCCUGUGUCUAGCCCGAUAGCUGACUUUGUGAUGGAAUCACUUUUAGACAAUGUCACACGGACACUCGAUUUCCAGAUCCCGAUCCUAAGGAAAUAUGUUGAUGACCUACUGCUAGCCCUACCAAGAGAACAUGUCGAACAGGUAAGAGAAAAAUUCAAUCAAUACCACCCGAAAAUCCAAUUUACGGUCGAGAUAGAGUCAGAUUAUCGCCUCCCGUACUUGGAUCUGAUAUUGAUCAGGCAGCCAGACCAAUCAAUAAAAACCGAGUGGUAUCGAAAAGCGAUAGCGUCGGGUCGCUUUUUGAAUUUCAGAUCGACUCACAACACACGGCUCAAAAUCAACACGGCUCUGAACUUCAUAAAACGUGUGAAAAUCUUUUCGACAAACAUUUCCCCCGAUGCCGCACUUAAGUUGAUCCAUGAAAAUUUGAAGUUAAACGAUUACCCUACAGCGUUAAUAAAUAGAUUAGUGCAGAAAGCGAACGAAACCGACACCACCAGCCAAAACACACAAGAUACACCCACACAACAUUACCGAUCCAUACUGAACAUCGACGGCCUAACUGCGAACAUAGUUCGUUCACUGAAAACAGACUAUCCGCAAGUACGCAUCGGCACCACGCAACAACACACAAUACGCAGCCUACUGCCUGUGGUUAAGGAUCCGAUACAACCGAUCGAUCGUUCCAAUGUGGUAUACAACAUCCCGUGCGCAGGCGCAUCCGACCGUAACGAGACAUGCUCAAAAGUUUAUGUUGGGCAAACUAGCUACAAACUUCGUACUAGAAUGUCCAAGCAUAAAUGCGACGUCACCAAAUUGAACCGAAUCAUCGCCUCAGGGUCCACAGCAUCAGACCCAGCCAUCAGAGAGCUACGACAAUCGGCCGUUGUUGAACAUUGCUUCAACCAGGGACACAUGUUCGACUUCGACAAAGCCACCGUUCUCGAUAGCUCCAACAAGCACCGCCGGCAUCUAGAGGUACUCGAAAUGUGCUAUAUUCAAAGCACUCCGAAUACCGUAAAUAUACAGAACGACACAGACGGAAGAGCGAUCUCCUACGGCGGAGUGUUCCACACACUCUCUCGGACUGCUCACAAGCACUCAUCGGCGCCGGUUUCUGGCUAUGAAGAAGAAACCCAAACAACAAUAACAAACUGUGAGUCGAGUGGAUAA